AAAAUUUCCCAUCAUGCGUGCCUUGGCAUUGAUCGUCAUCUUUGGUGUUUCAGCAACUUUUGCUUUCGGUGAUGAUGAGGACGUGAACCAAAAAAAUCCUUGGCGACCUGGAAAGAAAGAUGAGACAUAUUGGUUAAGAGAUCAACUUCCAGUUCUUGAGAGCGUGAAACGCCAAAAAGGCAUGUGGAAACCUGGAAAGAAAGAUGAGACACAUUUGUUAGGAAAUCAACUUAACGAUCUACAAGCUCCUGAGACCGUAAAACGUCAACAUACUGUUUGGAAACCUGGAAAGAAAGAUGAGACACACUGGUUAGGAAAUCACAAUGCCCAAGCUUCUACAGGAUCCAUGCAAAUUCUAAAUGACGGGUAUGGGAGGAGUUAGUCCACCUGCAGCCAACAUACCUUUUCCAAGACCAGGAAGAAAAAGGCGAUCAAUGACUGCCUAAGGUUAAGGGAUGUCAAAAUUUCUCGGCUAAACUACGGACGUGAAAAAGCUUUAAACAACAUAGUUAAUGUUAAAAUACCACACAAACGAAGAUCGAAAAAUGACGAGGAAAGCUAGUUUCAUUAAGACCUUUGAAACACGAUAACACCCUUAUUGAUUCAGCGCCGCUUGAGAAGCAUGGCGAAUGUGAAGGAGUUAUAAAGUGUGUAAAUAAAGCUAAAUUUCAAGCGUA